CUCACAUUCCCCUUCCGCGCCUGCGCGCUAAGCUAGGCGAGUCGAGAGUACAGUACAGCAGAACACGCCCAAGGCCGGGCGCCACCCUGUUUGGAGGAGAGGGUGACUGGCCGGCGAGAGCGGGGAACUUCCCGGAGGUUGCCGGGGUUUGGGGUUGUUGUCCCCCCGCCCCCGUCAGGCGACGUUUAGAACUGGCGGAAAGGGGAGCCAGCGAGUCCUCCCGCUUUCGAGGAUGGUCUUCGAAUCGGUGGUGGUGGACGUUCUGAACCGGUUCCUGGGCGAUUAUGUGGUGAAUCUGGAUAGUUCCCAGCUCCAGCUGGGCAUUUGGGGAGGAGCUGUAGCACUUAAAAAUCUUGAAAUAAAAGAAAAUGCAUUGUAUCAAUUUGAUGUCCCCUUUAAAGUUAAAGCAGGUCAUAUUGGUCAUCUAAAUUUGCAAAUACCAUGGAAAAAUCUUUAUACUCAGCCAGUUGAAGCUGUUUUAGAUGAAGUUUAUCUGCUUAUAGUACCUACAGCUAGUAUUAAAUAUGAUGCUGAAAAAGAAGAAAAACAACAUCUGGAAGCAAAGCAAAAGGAAUUGCAAAGAAUUGAAGAUGCGAAACAAAAGAUUGCUGACAAAGAUAAAGCACAAGAAAAGCCAGAUACUUUCAUAGAGAAGCUAAUUACUCAAGUUAUAAGAAACCUUCAAUUGAAAAUUUCCAACAUCCAUAUACGAUAUGAGGAUGAUAUCACAAAUAAAGAUAUUCCAUUGUCAUUUGGUAUCUCACUCGAAAAUCUUAGUUUACAGACUUCAGAUCAAGAUUGGAAUCCAUGUAUGCAAGAUGCAACCACUAAAUUGUUCUAUAAGUUAGUUCGAUUGGACAACUUCUUUGCAUACUGGAAUGUGAAGUCUGAAAUGUAUUAUCAUGGUGACUAUAAAGAAUCUUUGAGUCAUUUAAAAUAUGGAAUUGCAAGCACUAAUGUGAUUCCAGAAGGCUAUAGUUUUGUAUUCCGUCCGAUUUCAGCUAAAGCCAAACUUCGUAUGAAUCCACGAUCUGAUGUUGACUUUUCUGCACCAAAACUAGAUCUGGAUGUAAACCUUCAGGAUAUAACCAUUGAACUGAAUAAGCCACAGUAUUUCAGUAUUAUGGAACUCCUUGAAUCAAUUGAUAUGAUGACCCGGAAUUUACCAUAUAGGAAAUAUAGGCCAGAGGUUCCUGUUCACAACAAUGCCAGGAAAUGGUGGCGAUAUGUUACACAAGGCAUUCUUGAAGUAAACAUCCAACCUAAGCUACAAAUGUGGUCUUGGGAACAUAUUCGAUACCAUAGGAAUCAAGUGAAAAGUUAUAAAGAGCUCUAUAAAAUAAAAAUAACUUCAAAGAAGGCUACACAAGAGAGUUUGUUUAUGUUGGAGGAUCUAGAGAAGACUUUAGAUAUAUUCAACAUCACUCUAGCAAGACAACAGGCAGAAUUUGAGGCUAUUAAAGCUGGGUUAAAGAUUUUCAAACCAGGUGCUAAACAAGAUGAUGAAGACUCUGGUGGCUGGUUUAGUUGGAUGUGGGGAUGGGCUGGAGGAAAAAGCGGUGAAACAAAACAAGAACCAAAAGGUAUUGAACAGUUAAUGACUUCACAAGAAAAAGAUAAACUCUAUGCAGCAAUCGGAUAUAGUGAAACUGCUGUCGAUCCAACAUUGCCAAAAACGUAUGAAGCUGUGAAGCUUUAUGUAAAAUUAAUAAGCAUGUCAGUGCUAAUCAGGGAAAACAAGGAGAAGCCUGAGCUGAUAAAACUUGCAUUAAUUGAUCUGCGUACAACAGUAGCACAACGCCCUGGUGCUGAAGCAAUAAGAUUUGAAUCAAGCGUAAGUGCAUUUGAAGUUCAGGGCAUGGCUCAGAAAAAAACAGUACCCUGUCUGCUGUCCUCUCACACAGUCCAUUCACAACACAAUGCAUCACUCUUCACGAUAAUGUUUGAAACUAAUCCCUUAGAUGAGAAUUGCAAUCAGAGACUAAUAAUAGAGUCACAGCCUUUGGAAAUAAUAUAUGAUGCCAUGACCGUGAAUAGUUUACUUGAUUUCUUCCGACCCCCAAGUGAUGUUCAUUUAGAGCAAAUAACUUCAGCAACAUUAACAAAAUUGGAAGAAUUUCGUGACAAGACAGCUACAGGAUUAGUAUAUAUUAUAGAAACCCAGAAGGUCUUAGAUUUAAAAAUAAAUCUUAUGUCUUCCUAUGUCAUUGUUCCACAAAAUGGAUUUUACGAAGCUACAUCAAAUAAGCUACUUUUGGAUCUAGGUCAUUUAAAGAUGAGUAGUAAAUGUCGCUCUACCUUGUCAGAUAUCAAAGUUGGCGAAAGUGCUCUUGAAGAUAUUAUGUCAAGAGCAUAUGAUAGGUUUGACAUUCAACUCAGUAGCAUACAGCUACUUUAUAGCAGACAUUAUGAAAACUGGGAGGGAGCUCGUAGGUUACAAUCCUCAUCUCAACAUAUCUUGCAACCUCUGGAUGUGAAAAUGGAACUGAACAGAGCAAUGGUUGUAACAGAUGCAAGAAUGCCCAAGUACAAAAUGUAUGGUGAGCUGCCAUUACUUUCUUUCAAUAUCUCAGAUGAGAAAUUAAAAUCUAUUCUGGAACUUAUUGAUAGCAUUCCAAAACCAAAAAAUUCAUCUGACUCCACAGCUGUUCUACAACCUUCCAAGCUUCAAGCAUCUUCUCUGAUAACAACACCUCAAAUGUCAACCUCAGUACUUCCAUUUUUAGAAGCUAUUUCAAUAGCUGGAUCAAGUGAAUCUGAGGAUGAAUUUUAUGAUGCUCCAAGUAGCCCUUUGGAAGACCUACCAUUUUUUGAAGCACCUUUGGGCUCACUUAGUAGAGCUAGUAGCUUCCGAAAAAACACAACAAAAACAGAACCUUUGAAAAAUAUGACUGAUUUCCAAUUAAGAUUUGAAAUAUCUGAGGUGUUCGUUCAGGUGUGUCGUCUUGCAGAAGAUAUUGAAAAGCCAAUUCUUCGGUUGGAAAUUUUAAAAUUAGGCACUGAACUUAAGCUCAGAACAUAUGACAUGACUGCUACUGCUUUUCUUAGAGAAAUUUGCUUAAUGUGUCCAGAAUAUAUAGAUAAUAAAGACCAGCCUGUUUAUAUUAUUUCAACUCUGGAUAAUUCAGUGGAAGAUCUUCUAUCCAUUGAGUACAUCAAGGCAGAUAUUAAUGCUCCAGAACUGAAGCAUACUUACCAGAACGUUCUACAGCUGAUAAAGGUGACUUUUUCUUCUAUAGAUAUUCAUUUGCAUACAGAAGCACUUCUGAGUACAAUGAAUUUUCUAAAUAAUCUCCUUCCACCUCAAGAGGCUACUACAGUAGAAAUUGUCCAGGAAAAAGAAGGAAAAAAAGAAGUUCUUAAGAAAUUUAGUUCAAAAAAAUCAAAACAUGAGGAUGUUUGUGAUCUCCAUCUUUUGGUAGACAUGAAUUGUUUACGUAUUUUUAUAAGAGAACAGAAACGCUGGAUCUCAGAAAUUAGCAUAGAAGGUCUUGAUAGCCAAGUGAUAAUGAAGAAAGAAACAACUGAAAUAUCUGCUAAAUUAAAAAAUAUAAUUAUUUUGGAUUGUGAUGUGACAGCACUUUAUAAAAAGGCUCUGUAUAUAACUGGAAAAGAAGUUUUUAGUUUAAAAAUGAUUACAUACACAUGUGCCACUGAUGGUGCUUCCUUUACCAAUAUGAAUGCUGUUGACAGCAAGAUUUAUUUAACUGUUGGAUGUAUUCAAAUUAUUUUUGUCAACAAAUUUGUUUCUGCAAUUUUGGCUUUUAUAAACAAUUUUCAGAUGGCAAAGGAAGCAAUUACUGAAGCCACUGUUCAAGCUGCUGAAAAAGCAGCCACAGGUGUAAAGGAAUUAGCUAAGCAGAGUUCCCGAAUGGCACUGGACAUUAACAUUAAAGCACCUGUUGUCAUAAUCCCACAGUCAGCGGUAUCUACUGAUGUUUUAGUUGCUGAUUUUGGUAUGAUCACCAUAAAAAAUGAGUUUAUGCUUGUGAAAACAAAGCUUCGUUACAGUGUCCCACCAGUUCUUGACAGUAUUUGUGUGAAGCUGAGUGAACUAAAAUUAUUCAGAUCAAAUAUUAUGAGUGGGUUAUUACAAAAUGAAUUACAACUACUGCAGCCAUUAAAUCUUGAAGUUAAAGUUGAACGCAAUUUAGCUGCUCUUUGGUAUCAUGAAAUUCCUGACAUUAACAUAUUUGGGCGUCUCAAGCCAAUUAAUCUGAUUCUCAGUGAAGCAGAUAUAACUACAAUGUUGAGAACUUUGAAUGAAAAUUUAGGAGAUAGUUCUGAAUCUCCAUCUGUACAAGAAAAAAAAGACGUGCUAAGCAUUCAUAGUGGAGCUGCAAGUGUCUCCCAGCAUUCUGGAGCUGGAGCAACAGUGGUGACGUCAGCAGUGGUGGAAAUGCAUUCCUUGGUUAAAGUAAAAACAACAUUAAAAUUAGACUUUCAGUUUGAUUCCCUGACUCUAGUUUUGUACAGCCCACAUUCCAAGCAGCCCCACGUUAAGGAUGAACGAGAUAAUAGUCUGAAACUUGCAGAAUUUAAAUUACUGUUAAUCGCUGCUGCUGUCAAGAUGUUAUCAGAUGGGUCACUGAAUGCUUCAGUUAAGUUAACAAACUGCACCUUAGAUGAUAAACGAGAAACUCUACAGAAGGCUACACCAAGAAUGGUAGAAAUGAAACAUGGAUCUGAAAAGAAAGUCAUGGUGAAUAUAAGCUAUAAACAGGGGAGAGAUGGCACCACUGUUGUGGACACAAUUGUUGAGGAAACCUAUCUCUGUGCUAGUGUAGAGUUUCUGCUUGCUGUUGCAGAAGUAUUUCUAAAUGCUAAUGCUGAAAGCACUGCUGCAAAUAAAAACUUCAGGCAAACACUGUCUACAAAAGAACAAGCUCCUGUACAGUCAGCAUCCACAAUGGAAAUAAAUCUUACUGUUAAAAAUCCUGAUAUAGUGUUUGUGGCUGAUUUAACUCGAAAAGAUGCUUCUGCAUUGGUAGCUACAGCACAGUGUGAAAUCUCCAUAAAAAGUGCACCUGGAAUGUAUAAAAUGACAGCUGUUGUCGAAGACGUAAAUGUGAAAGCUUGUCCAUUUUUUCCAGCUCUGAGGAAAGGAAAUAUUACCACGGUAUUACAACCAUGUGAUCUUUUCUUUAAUAUGAUGCAGUCAGGUGAAGAACCACAGAAAGCUGAGCUUUCAAUAAAAUCUCUAACUAUUAAGGUGUCACCUAUUAUCAUAAAUACAGUUAUAACUAUCACAUCAGCACUUUUCCCAACCAAAGAGACUUCAGAAAAAGAUCUUAGCCCAGUACCGCCAGAUCUUUGGGAUAAGAAGAAUAUUAAAAAUCUAAAUAUGUGGUUUCUUGAAGAGUCAAUUGAAAACAAAGAUCCUGUUUCUGUAGCUGAGUUGAUUCCUACAGGAGAGUCAUUAACAAUGAAAAUUGAAACUGUUGUUAUAACUCUUGAAGCUGGAGUUGGUCACAAAACAGUACCAAUGCUUUCAGCAAAAUCCUCAUUUUCUGGAGAAGUCAAAAAUUGGAGUAGUCUAAUCAAUCUCUCAUCACGUCUUGAACUAGAGGUACACUAUUUCAAUGAAAUGUUUGGUGUUUGGGAACCAUUACUUGAGCCUCUAGAAGUAGAAGGCAGUGAUGAAUUCAGACCAUGGGUUCUAGAAUUAAAGAUGAAAAAGAAAAACAAAAAAGCCUUUGUUGAAUCAGUGGCAGAAGAAGAACACUAUAAAGUGCCAGAAUAUAAAACAGUAAUAACUAUUUAUUCUCAAAAUCAGCUAAACAUUACUUUAUCCAAAUGUGGGCUAUUAAUGUUGACUAAUCUAGGCACGGCAUUUGCAGAAGCAGCUACCGAGUCUUCAGAAAUAUUCAAAAAAGAUAGGGCCCCUUUUGUAUUAAUAAAUUCCUUAGGAGUCUCCGUCACUGUUUUGCCUAGUGAAUCCUUCAGUGUUCUUAAUAUUGAACCAACAGCAAAUUUAUUUCAUCUUGAAGAUGGACAAAGUCUAAACAUGGAAUAUAUCAGAACUAAAAGUGAGCAAGACCAAUUCACAGCAAUGACCACUCUAAGCAGCAAGGUAUUCUACAUUUGGCUCACUCCUCAAAAUCAUUCUACUACUGACGAGAUCCCAUUGACAAAAGUGGGUCGGAGCUUGUACAGAGUUAGACAUAAUGAUUCAGGUGUUGUAAGAUCUAUUGUUUGUCAAAUUGAUACUGUUGAUGGGAGCAGGAUAGUAACUGUACAUUCUCCAAUUCAGAUAAAGAAUCAUUUUUCAAUUCCUUUGAGUAUAUUUGAAGAUGGAAAAUGUUUAGGAGUAGCACUACCAGAUAAUGAAUUUAACAUACCAUUAACUUCCUAUAGGUCGUUACUGUUUUUUCGACCAGUAAUUGAUGAAAAUGAAACUUCUGGAGAAUAUGAAUCCAGUGAAGGUGUUAGCUUUGAUGAAAUGGUGAAGAAUUUUGACAAAUUGCUACAGAAGAAAUGCCGUUCUUUAAAAUCACCUAAUCACCCACUUAUUAUCAACAUUGUUCCAAUGCAAGAUACUUUGAUAACUUCAACGUGUACAGAUGAUCAGUGGGAUUUACCAUAUGUUGUUCAUUUGUGGUCUUCUGUUAUUCUCCGCAAUCUACUUCCAUAUCAGAUUGCCUAUUCUUUAGAGGGAUAUAGUACCACACGCAGUGCUCUAGAAGCUGGAUGUUCUGCUCAGAUUCAUAAUGCAUUACUGGAUCAGAGCAAGUUGGAAUUGCAUUUACUUAAUUAUCUUGAUAAAGAUUGGACUACUGAAUACUGCAUCCAGUCAAAUCAACAAGAAAUUAGUUUCAUCACAUUUUCAUGCAUUAGUGACCUGGAUAGGACAGAUUUGGAUAUAGCUAUCCAUGUGACAUAUGCUACAGGACAAGUGAUUAUAGCAAUUCACAGUCCCUAUUGGAUGGUCAACAAGACGGGUCGAAUGUUACAGUAUAAAGCCGAUGGUAUUCACCGCAAACAUCCACCUGACUACAAGUUGCCACUUCUCUUUUCUUUCCAGCCUAAACACUUUUAUCAUGAUAACAAGGUUCAGCUCAUGGUGACAGACAGUGAACUUUCUGAUCAUUUUUCCCUGGAUACAGUUGGGAGUCAUGGCUUUGUAAAAUGUAAGAGCCACAAAAAGGAAUACCAGGUUGGUGUCACUAUACAUAACAGCAGCUUUAAUAUCACUAGAAUAGUGACUUUCACGCCUUUUUUAAUGGUCACAAAUAGAAGUACACACAUUUUAGAAGUAGCUGAAGAAGGCAGUGAAAAUUGGAUACCAAUACUUUUCCAACAGUGUAUUCCAUUUUGGCCUGAGAAUAAUGACAGCAAGUUACAGGUUAGAGUAAAAGAUUCUUACAUUCCACCCAAUGUUAUCCAACUUGAUAAACAAGAAAAUUGCUUACUACUUCACUUAGAUAACAAGCUUGGUGGCAUUACUGUGGAUAUUACACUAGCUGAACAUUCAACAACAAUUACAUUCUCUAAUUACCAUGAUGGUGCAGCCCCAUUCCUGAUAAUUAAUCAUACCAAAGAAGAAGUAAUUGAAUAUGGACAAAGUUCUCUCACUUCAAUGGAAGAAACGUUAGAACCAAAUAAAGCAGUACUGUAUACAUGGGCAGAUCCUGUAGGUUCUAGAAAACUGAGAUGGAAAUGUGGAAAAAAAAUUGAAGAAAUAACUCAGAAAGAUGACCUGAUUAAACCAUUUGAGGUGGGAGCCAAGCACAUUUUUAUAGUUUCAUUUUUUGAAGGUUUGCAGCGUAUAAUCUUAUUCACUGAAGAUGAAAAGGUUUUCAAAAUGACAUAUGAAAGUGAAAAAGUGGAAUUAGCAGAACAAGAAAUAAUUGUAUCAUUGCAAGAUGUUGGAAUUUCUUUAGUAAAUAACUAUUUAAGGCAGGAAAUAGCUUACAUUGGAAUCACAAGCUCUGAUGUAAUUUGGGAGACAAAACCCAAGAAAAAGUCAAGAUGGAAGCCACUAAGUGUGAAGCAAACUGACAAGCUGGAGAAAGAGUUUAUUGAAUACUGUGAUAACUCACCUACAGAAAAUAAAGUUGUGGAACUUGAUGAUAAUAUUCCGGUCUGUUUGACUCCUACUGGUAAUGAUAUGAAAAUAUUGCAGCCAUAUGAAUUUCCUGUGAGAAGAAGCUUUUUGCCAGCUUUAAAAGUACAAUACAGUACCUCUGAACAUCAGUCUUCUUUCAGAGUACAAAUCUAUAGAAUACAGAUACAAAAUCAGAUUCCUGGAGCCAUAUUUCCUUUUGUGUUCUAUCCCAUUAAACCUCCCAAGUCCAUCUCAUUGAAUUCAGAACCCAAGCCAUUUACAGAUGUCAGUAUUGUGAUGAGAACUGCAGGACAUUCUCGGAUAUCACGCAUAAAGUAUUUUAAAGUUUUAAUUCAAGAGAUGGAUCUUCGAUUAGAUCUUGGUUUCCUUUAUGCACUGUCCGAUUUCUUUACACUUGUUGAUGAACUUCCCAAAGACCAAGAGGUUGAACUUUUUAAAAAGGAUGUCGAAUCUGCACAGGAAGAAUUAAAGAAUGCAGUAUCAACUGACACAUCACAGAUCAGUUUAUAUGAAUAUUUUCAUAUCUCUCCAAUCAAGCUGCAUUUAAGCUUUUCACUCAGUACUGGUGGAGAAGAGAGCAACAAAGAUGAAAAACACAAGGACCUUAUUCCGGUUCAGUCCUUAAACCUCUUGUUAAAGAGCAUUGGGGCCACACUUACAGAUGUGCAGGAUGUUGUUCUUAAGUUGGCUUUCUUUGAACUGAACUAUCAUUUCUGUACUACGCAACAAUUGCAGUGGGCAGUUAUCAUGCAUUAUUCAAAGCAGGCUAUUAAACAAAUGUAUGUUCUUGUUCUUGGUCUGGAUGUUUUGGGCAAUCCAUUUGGAUUCAUAAGAGAUUUGUCUGAAGGAGUCGAAGCAUUUUUUUAUGAACCUUAUCAGGGAGCUAUCCAGGGUCCAGAAGAAUUUGUAGAAGGAAUGGCACUAGGAUUGAAAGCCUUAGUCGGUGGUGCUGUUGGUGGACUAGCUGGUGCUGCUUCAAGAAUAACUGGUGCUAUGGCUAAAGGAGUAGCAGCAAUAACUAUGGAUGAAGAUUAUCAGCAGAAACGACGGGAAGCAAUGAAUAAGCAACCUGCUGGCCUGAAGGAGGGCUUUACUCGUGGAGGAAAAGGCUUAGUAUCUGGUUUUGUCAGUGGCAUAACAGGAAUAGUAACCAAGCCAAUAAGAGGAGCCCAAAAGGAAGGAGCAGCAGGCUUCUUCAAAGGAGUUGGAAAAGGAUUAGUAGGAGCAGUGGCAAGGCCUACUGGAGGAAUAAUAGAUAUGGCUAGCAGCACUUUUCAAGGAAUUAAAAGAGCUACAAAUGCGUCUGAAGAUGUCCUAAGCCUGCGUCCUCCACGCUUCUUUGGGGACGAUGGAGUCAUUAGACCGUACAGAUUAAGAGAUGGUGCUGGAAGUCAAAUGUUACAGAAUAUUGAAAAUGGAAGAUUUGCAAAACUGCGAUACUUUACACAUGCAAUGGUUAAUAAUACAGAUUUAUUAAUGGUUACAAAAAGUGGCAUAUUGUUUGUGACAAGAGGUACGUUUGGACAGUUAACAUGUGAAUGGCAGUACACUUACGAUGAAUUUACCAAGAAACCAUUCAUUGUUGAUGGACGAAGGUUGCGCAUUGAAGCAAAGGAACGAGUGAAGUCUGUAUUUCAUGCCAAAGAAUUUGGAAAAAUAAUUAAUUUUAGAACACCAGAAGAUGCAAAGUGGAUCCUCUCUAAGCUGGAAGAAAAGGUAAAGGAGAGUCAACCAAAACUAUGACCAGUUGAAGAAAAUCAAAACAUUAUAGUUGUUUUAUACUUCAAAGCAUGUGACACUAUUUAAAUACAAAGAGAUUGACACCAUAAUUUUGUGUAUUUAAAUCAAUUGUUUUUGAAUCUUCUACACUAUUGAGUGAAAAAGGUCAGUUUUAUCAAUAGGUGCAAACACUCUGUUGCUGAAAGCUGCUAUUGAAUUGUGGCUUAUUUGAUUUUGUAUUUAGAAAUAAUAAGGGUUUAAAUCUAAACUAAAUUGGUUUUAUUUUUAGAUCUGCCAUGUAAUCAACAAGACCAAACAUCUUAGCAGAGUCUUAUGAUGUAGUAAUCAGGUUCUUCCCUGCUCGUAACUCUUUUUGUUCAGUGUUUAUUUAAGGGUUUUGUUGUAUUGGCACAUCCCAUUAAUAUUCACUGAAAUUCAGUUUAAUUCAGGAAGACUGAUUUAACCAGCAGUGUUCUGAUAUUCUGAUAUUACCUUGCUGACCUUGCUUUGUUUGAGAAGCUUUUUGAUUACUUAUAUAGAUAUAGAUGUAUAUAAUGAGGUGAAUUAAUUUUUGAUACAGAUAAGAAGUUUAUGGUACUGUAACACUGUUUUUAAUAAUCACAUUUUUAUAUAAUACAAAAAUAAACAAAAUGUUCUGUUGUCACACAAUUAAGCAAAUAUCUAUCAAACGAAAUAAGAAAUUUUAGUGAUUUUUUUGAAUGGCAAUGGUCAAAAUGAAGUCAGAAAGCUAUCAACUCAGCAUCAUGUUUUAAAGUACUAGUUCAUUUAGGCAUGAGCUAUAUUUGUGAUUUGAAGUCAAAAGCAUGUUUCAGAGUGAAUGGGGCUUAUAUCCCAUAGGUCAGGACCUCCUUA